GCAGAAGUCCAAGAUGAAGGUGCCAGCAGACCUGGGUUCUGGUGAGACCUCUCUUCCUGGCUUGCAGACAAGCUGCCUUCUCUCUGCCCUCGCACACUGGGGAGAAACCAAGAAGCCAGUGAUACUUAAGGACGUGGCCAUGGACUUCACACAGGAGGAAUGGGGGCUGCUGGGCCCCACACAGAGGAUCCUGCACCAUGACAUGAUGCUGAGGAACUACAGCAACUUGGUGUCCCUCGGACUCCUCAACUGCAAACCAGAUGUGAUCUCCAAGCUGGAGCAGUGGGAAGACCCCUGGGCUAUGGAGAGAGAUCCCCUGAGAGGUCCAGUUGACAGGAGUUUCCAGGGGAACUCAUCCGUGGCCAAGCACCAGCAGGUGCACACGGGUGAGAAGCCGUAUGUCUAUGGCGAGUGUGGGCGUGUCUUCAGCCAGAGCACUUACCUCGUGCAGCACCACAGGGGAGAGUGGCCAUGUGAGUGCCACACGUGCUGUAAGGCGUUCAGCCUGAGCUCAUCCCUGGCUGACCACGAGCACUGCCACACAGGAGAGAAGCUGUACACGUUCCGGGAAUGUGGGAGAGCCUUCAGCCAGAGCUCGUCCCUCAGCAAGCACCUGAGGACACACACGAGUGAGAAGCCAUAUGCACGCAGUGACUGUGGCCGUGCCUUCAGCCAGAGUUCCUCCCUGGCCAAGCACCAGCAAGUGCACACCAGCGAGCGGCCCUGUGUGUGUGGAGAAUGUGGGAAGACCUUCAGUCAGAGCUCCUACCCGACCCAGCAGCUCAAGAUCCAUAGUGGUGAGAAACCAUUUACAUGCAGUGAGUGCAGGAAACGCUUCGGCGAUUCUUCAGCGCUGGUCCUGCACCAGCGGGUGCACAGAAGUGAGCAGCCCUACGCGUGCAGAAAAUGCAGGAAGACUUUCAGGCAGAGCAGGCUCCUCACCCGGCACAAGAGAAUCCACACUGAAGAGAAGCCUUAUGUGUGUGGAGACUGUGGAAGGGCCUUUGUGCAGAGCUCCUCCUUCACCCACCACCUCAGGACACACACUAGGGAGAAGGCCUACAAGUGCAACGAGUGUGGCAAGGCUUACGUCCAGGUGUCACACCUCACCGAACACUGCCGGGUAUACACGGGGGAGCGGCCUACGUGUGCCAUGCGUGGGGUUAAGCCUUCAGCUGCAGCACACACCUCAUGCAGCACCAGCAGACCCCCACAGGUGCCAAGCCCCUCAUAUGCAGCCCGUGUCAGAAAACCUUCCGUGAGGCUGCAGCCCUCGUUCUGCAUCAGAGGAUUCACACCCGACAAGCCCUUUGAGUGUCACAAAUAUGGGAAAGCCUUCAGCUGGAGCAGAUCCCUGGCCCGGCUUUGGAGAGUUCAUUCCCAGGGGAUGCCAUGUGAGUACAGCAACUAUCAGAAAACCCUUGGCAACUGUUGAGUUCUCAUCCAUCAGUGAACCAGAGAUAUGCCAGACGUGGCAGAGACCUUCCGUCUGUCCUUGGUGUGUUGUUCUCACCCAGCAGGUGGCCCUGUGUCAGGAACUCAGGGCCAGUGCAGUGCAGCCUCCUUGCACAUCAUAUACAUUUCUCUCUGCAGGGUCACCUGGUUGGUUGGGUGAGAAAGCAGAGUGAGCCUUCAAGGGGGACAACAGCCCCCCCAUUCUCCAUGCUGCGGGUUCCACAGAUGUCCACCAGGUGGAAGGAGAGAUCCACAGGUAUGGUCAGUCUUCUCAGAAGGCCUGAAACAGAGCUCAUUUUGGUUUUUG